AUGGCCAGUCUGCGAUCGAAAUCCGGCUGCUGGACGUGUCGCGAGAAAAAAGUCCGAUGCGGCGAAGAGCGGCCACAAUGCCAUCGAUGCGUGCGUUUGGGCCGAUUCUGCGACUAUACACCCCGGCCUCGCAAGCCCUAUACACGGCGCCAGCGGCAUGCCAGAAGACCGCCGCCAGCUCGUGACCCGGAAGAGGGCGAAAAGGAUGAGGACCAGGACGAGGACGAGCGAGGUCCAGCGCAUCUGGAAAUCGAGUUCCCUGGGCUUUCAUCGGUCGACCAGCAGGCAGUGCACUGUUUCCGAACCACAGUCUCGGCCUCGAUCGAUACCAAAGAUCCAGAAUUCUCCGUGCCCUUCGUCAUCUGUCGCCUGGGACAGACCAGUCCCAUGCUCAUGCAUAUGAUCUGCGCACUCGGCCACCAGGAAAUCUUCUACCAAUGCACUGAGGACAGCAGCGGCGGACCAAGUUCGCAUGCAGUUGAGCACUACGGGGCUAGCAUGAGGCUGCUUGCCCAGACUCUCAAUCUACCGUCAUCGGACGCUCCGGACCUUGACGCUAUCCUAGCCACGCUGUGGCUGAUGGUUCUAUACGAACAGAAAUUCGGCGAUGGGUGCGCGCUCGGGCUCAUGACGCACCUCCAAGGAGCUGCAUCGGUGCUCCAGUCUCGCCUGGGCAACCUCCGUCGUCUCUUGGAGGCCAACUUCAGCGACCCCGAGGAGAAAUGGCAUUUCUCUCCCUUUGCCGGCCGCAUGAUUGUGUGGCUUGCAUUUCUCGAUGGCGGCGCGGCCUUUGUGAAGCUGGGCGGCGACUUCAACCGCGCCCUGGGAAGUGCAAUGGUCGAUCUGGCUGAGAACGCCAUUGCUUCGCGUCUGCGUGGGUUUACUGCUAUCCACCGAUACUCGGCUUCUUUAUUCCGCUCGGUUUGGGGACCAAGCUAUCCUCAGCAGCAGCUACUGGAGGACCUGGAGAACCGCAACUUAUUCUACCUCUACGGCGAAUGCGGCCAGAUGCGCUUUGUUCUUUCGCAGCUAGAAAAUGAAUUACUGCCCCCGUCUUCUUCUUCUUCUUCCCCUUCUUCUAUACCACUGUCACCAUUGGUCUCUGGUAUUACUACGACAUCUACCGAGCCCCGGCUCGAUCCGCUGGCUGUCGCGCGGACCCUGCAUGAAAUCAGCCUGCGAUACAGCGAAAUCUUCGAGUUUGCGAGCCAUCUCCGCCUCGACCUGGCGCAUGCCGGCGAGCGGCGCAAGUUCAUCAUGAACAUCCGCUUCGUCGUGCCGCUGUACCAUGCCACUGUGCUGUGGUAUUUCCGCAUCACAGCGCAUGACAAACCCUUCAAGUUCAAGGAACGACAGCGCGAGUCCUUCCGCGAGAUCAUCAAUCUGGCGUACCAGGCGCACGCAGAUGAAGGCGAAAAGGCCAUGGCGCGCAUUGCCUGGCCACUGUUUAUUGCCGGGAUUGAGGGCGACGACCCGGUUCAUGAAGAGUGGGUGCUCAAACGGUUUUGGCAUCUUCGCCAGCAUGGCGAGAAUUUUAGUCGGGCGUUCAGGGCUUUGAGCUUCAUUCAGGAGGCGCAGCGAGCGGCUGGUCGUCGCGUGCCUUUGCCUGGCUGCUUUGACGAGGGGACGCUGGAGCGGUUUGCCAUCUAA